AUGUAUGAGCUGAGACUUGCAAACGAAAAUGGUCUGGCACAUCCUAACGCAGUCUCUACAUUGGAUGCAUCAAAGCGCACAUUCUAUAUCCGUUUGUCAACUUGUCGAGUUGGACUUAAGGCCACCACACCAGUGCAGUUGUCUGGGGAUGGUCCUCGAGAGAGCCUCGCCACCUUCAUCGAGUGGGUGCUGGUGUCCUGCGAGUCCCAGCUGACCGUGGACAUCGCGGACAGCAACACCAGCCCCACUCAGGACCCUGAUCCCAGCCCACCAUCUCCCCGCGGUACGGAGCAUAAACCUGAGCCCACCGAUGACGGAGAGCCAUGUCCCGCCGCGAUCCCCGAGUCGGAGCGAAGCCCCGCGGCUGAGAGGAGGAUCGCCUCGGAUAUGAAGCCCAACACGUCAGACCAGGUGCGAGAGCCGGUGACAGUGCCCACCACGAGGGAGCAAGCCGUGGACUGUGUGAGUGCGGAGAGGAGCUCCGCCCCCUGCAUCAUGGCUGAGGGUGAGCGGACUAUGGAGGGAAUUCAGGGCCAAAAUGAGGAGGAGAGACCGCGGAAUCCUCUGUUUAGCCCAGGAAAGGCUCCAGCCCAAGAGCUCUCUCCAGUGCCCGCUCCUCAAAAAUACCAUCUCGAAUCCUCUGCUUUAUCCUCCUCCUAG